AUGAAAUCGGUCAUUUCCUCAAUGGCUAUUCUUCCCAAGGCCUUUGUUUCUGCGAUAGUGAGAUCUAUCUUACGCGGAAAGUCGUGGAUCGCACUCCUCUUCGCCUUUUGGACCACUCCGUCCAAGUCCAUCACCCCUCCAACCACCCCCGCCAGCAGCCUCCAGCGCCGCUCACUCGCCGAUUUUCUCAAAGAAGCCGAGUAUCUCAUCCUCGGCCCCAUCUCCCGCGAUGAGGACUUGCUAAGGAUAGCUGCGGGGCUCAAAGAGCAGUUUCAAACCGCCCUGACGAGUAGCGAGGUCUCCAUGUUGCCGUCGUACAGCUACCGCUUGCCAAACGGCCAAGAGAAAGGCCAGUUCCUAGCACUCGACAUGGGAGGGACGACUCUUAGGAUUGCGCUUGUGGAACUCAGCGGACGAGAAGCGGAUUCCAAAGUAGCCCCAUGCAGGGUAUUGCAUGCCAACGUUCUCAAGGCGGACGACACUGUCAAGGACCUAGUGGGGAUGGCUUUCUUCGAGUGGAUGGCGGACAUGAUAUCGGAAACAGUAUCAUCCCGCCUUGAUAACGAGGCCGGAAAGCCCUUGCCAAUUGCAGUCACCUGGAGUUUCCCCAUCAAUCAAAACAGCAUCAAAAGUGGUGUUAUCCAUGACAUGGGUAAAGGCUUCCACGCCGCCGACGGUCUCAUCGGCCAAGACCUCGGUCAAGUCAUCAAGACCGCAUGCAAGAGCAAGGGUCUCGAUGUGGAGCUGCAAGCCAUCCUCAAUGACUCCACUGCCUGUCUUCUUUCCCAGGCCUACGUUGACCCCUCGGCUCGCCUUGGUCUCAUCCUAGGGACGGGAUGCAACCUCGCCGCCUUUCUCCCCGUGUCCUCGAUCCCCCGGCCCAAGUAUUCAGGUCGUCCAGACUCCUGGUUUGACGAAGCGAGGCAUGUUGUCGUGAACACAGAACUGGGCAUGUACGGGAAGGACGUAUUGCCCCUGACGAGAUGGGAUAUGGAGCUGAAAAGGAACCACGAGAAACCCUGGUUCCAGCCCUUAGAACACAUGCCUACGCACGGAAACCCUAGCCCUUAUUGCAGCGGAUCCGAGUCCGGGAUUCGAAAACUCCUGCCCACUUUCAACGCGCUCUACCCUUCGGACGCCCCCGCCACCGCUGCUGACCUCCAAGCCAUCGCCGCCAUCGCCUCCCUCGUCACCCGGCGCUCUAGCGCCAUCAUCGCCACCUCCAUCUUUGCCCUCUGGCAGCUUCGCAACGAAUCCUCUAUCCUCCACCGCGAAGUCCUCACCCUCCCAGAUUCUCGCUCUGCUGAUAGCGCUAUCAUCAAGGCCGAAGUUGAGCGCGAGGCCCUGCGGACAGCCGUCCCGUACAACGGCGCCGUCAUUGAAAGCUACCCCGGCUAUUUGGCCUUGUGUCAGACGUAUAUCGACAGACUCGCUAGCGACGUGGCGAGCAUCCAGCUCGUAGAAGCGAGGGACAGCUCACUUCUUGGAGCGGCGGUCGCGGUUGCCUGCGAGGACCAUAGAUAG